AUGAUAUCUAGAUCAAUAAAAACAACAUCUAUAAAAUCAUCAAUACCAAAAAUAACAACAUUUAAAAGAUACAACUCAUCACAUAAUCAUGACGACCACCACCAUCAUCAAUCAGAAGCAAAAGCAAUUCAAAUAACAUUUGCCAAAAUUUUUCUGAUUGCUGCUUUACUUGGUGGUUUCUUAGUCUACAAGAAUAAGGAUAAUACAGAAUUGCCUAUUUUACAAUCUCAAUUAAUUGAUUAUCAAUUAGAUGGAACUCGUGUGAAAUUAAGAGAUGAAAAUUUUAACAAGAAAUAUGAUGUUGGAUUUACUAGAGUUUUUGCUUUAGAUAAUGGUGGUAUUGGACAAACUAUUAGAAAAAAUAAAGUUGAUAUACCUAUGAACUAUAAUUUAAUACCUGCUCAUUCUCCAUUUGGUAAAAAUUUCGGUCAAGGUAUAAAAUUAAAUGAAUUGGGUCCAAGAAGAGAAAGAUUAAGAAAAUUUGCACCAUUGGAGAGUGAAAACUAA